UUUUCUCCUCAUAUCUUUCAAACCCUCUCUCUCUCUCUCUCUCUCUCUUUCUCUCUCAUCAUGGAAAACACCAACCAUGGCCUUCCUCCUCUCAAGAGAUUCAAACUCCUCCAACAGACCACCUCCGCCGCCGCCGCCACCUCCUUCCUUCCCGCCAAGAAACGGAUCGAGUCUCGUGGUCCCCCGACUGCCUACUGCCUUCCCGCCAAGAAGCGUGUCUGGGCUCUCCAACCCGACUUCCCCCCUUUGGAUACCAUCGAAGAAGACCCGCCAUUUCCAGAGAAGAAACCCAUCAAAGGUGGCCCCAAUCUCAACGCGUUGGAUGGCGAUUUCAAUGGAAAAUCAAUAAAUGGAGAAGAAUACGAAGUUACAAAGGAUACCUAUUUCGAAGAGGAAGCUGAUGAAGAAGAUGGAAUCAUUUGCAGCGUCUGCCAUAGCACGGAUGGUGAUCCUAAAGACCCCAUUGUCUUCUGUGACGGCUGUGAUCUAAUGGUCCAUGCCUCCUGUUAUGGAAAUCCGCUCAUCCAGGCCGUCCCCGAAGGAGACUGGUUUUGUUCACGGUGUGAGUUUUUGAAAGGUGGGGCUAAGGGAGAGGACGAUGAUCUUGAUUGUUGCCUCUGCCUGCUGAAGGGAGGGGCGACGAAACUAACGGUGGAUGGUCGGUGGGCCCACAUCAUGUGUGCACUUCUAGUGCCUGAAGUAUUCUUCAGGGAUUCGGAAGGGCGGGAGGGCAUCGAUUGCUCGUGCGUCCCUACAAGAAGAUGGGAAGGAGUUUGUUAUAUCUGCGACUCGAAGCGCGGAUGUGUGAUUGAAUGCUCUGAGCCCAAGUGUUCUUCUGCAUUCCAUGUUUCAUGUGGAUUGAAUGAGGAGCUCUGUAUUGAGUACAGAGAAGGGAGGACUGGAGCAAUCAUUGCUGGAUUUUGCGAGAUUCACACGCAGCUCUGGAAGAAGCAACAACAGACUGGAAAAUUCAAAAUUGUGCCCAGGGAGGGAAACAUGAAGGCUUGAUGGCUAUGCUUCUGUUUCUGGAAUUUGGUCUCGAAGCUUGAGAGGAUUCGGAAAUGGGUUCUCUGGAAUUACUCUGUUCCAUUUUACAUAGAUUAGAUUAGGCCUUGAUCUGUAUCUUGUAUGCUAAUCCUAGAGUUACACUAUCUGGCCUUAAAGCUAUUGUUUGGAAGUUAAUGUAGAGCUCUUUAUUUUUAAUGCAAAAAUGAUUAUGAGAUGCUAUUCAA